AUGAAAAAAUCAAAAUUGAGUCCACAAUUAGAAAAGAUUCCAUCCAACUAUUUUGAGGUCUUUCAGUACCUCCAGAACUGCAACGUACGUCGUUCUACAGCUCGCGAAGCAGUCGACAAAUUCUACAGCUUCGUCCGAGAAACACCCCAAGACCCAUCCAACGAGGACGGUGACGUAGAUGCUUGGAGACUGAUGCUGUGGAAGCAGGCCUUGGGGCCAGGCCUCUCAGCCAGAGCCUCCACGGCCUACGCCAUUUGGAAAGAAAUCCGAACUCGGCACCUAUGUCUGGGUGCCGAACUGGAGGACCUGCUGUUGGAAUUACGCAAGUGCUACAAGUUGGGUCUCAUUACCAACGGGCCAUCGUCCGCCCAGUGGGACAAAAUCCGACGGGUUAAUGCGUCCAAUUACUUUGACGUCAUCAUUGUGAGUGGUGACGUCAAGCAUGCCAAACCAAGCCCAGCCAUUUUCGAGGAAGCCUUCAGAAGGCUGGAUGCCUCCUCUUUGGAAUGUGUUAUGGUGGGUGAUAGAUUGGACACCGAUAUCAAAGGUGCCAUGAAAGCGAACUGCGCUGUGACUGUUUGGGUGAGUGAUAGUGAUGCCUCCUUAGAAGACGUGCACCCAAAACCAGAUUUCAAAGUUUCGCACGUCAGGGAAAUUUUGGAUCUUCUCCCUGAAAGUAAAGGUUUUUCUUCUUUGUGUAAGAACAGGACAUUAGGAGUUUUCCACAGUUUGAGAGAUGAUGCGCAACAGUGGAGGAAGGAUCAUUAG